AAUCCCAAACCGCGAGAUCUGUCCUUCAAACUUACCAAGAGAGCGCAAUACUACGCCCAGCUCCUUCAGACUCCCAAUCACAAAAGUCACGAGAAAAUCCUCGGUUGCAUACGUUCGCUCCACACAGCCAACCCCCCCCCAAUACAGCAUUCAUUACCCCCUUUGCACAAAAAUAAUGCAACACACUUAUGCUCUCCCCCAUACUCCGAGAAAAACCGAGCGAAACCUUUCUGA